AGUGAGGCGAGAGCCCCGCACUGAGCGAGCGAGACAGCGAGCUGAGCUCCGCGCGCUAUCGCCGCCGCCGCCGAGAGCGUGAGAGCGAGGGAGCAUCCAAGAGACCCAGCCCCCGUGCACUGGCCGCCGCCGAGACCUCCGUCCUAACCUGGGCCAGCGGAAAGCCGGGGCCACCCCUCCUUCCCCCCCCUCACCUUCCCGGCCGGCAGCGGCGGCUGCACACGCCGGAGCCCGAGCCCAAGCCGGGGCGGCUGGGGGCAGGGAGGCGGCCACCUCGGGCCGGGACUGGUCAGCCGCUCCGCGGUGAGAGGACGCUUAGGACGGGCCGCAGCUUCUGUCUCGUUCCGGGGCUCGGGGCAAGGGGCCCCCAGCUGCAGGGAGGGGGUCCCAGCCGCAGCCACACAUGCGGGAGCCGGGAGCGGGGGCGGCGCCGAGCGGAGCCGGCCGGGUCCCCGACCUUGCCGUUGCUUCGGCCGCCCGCCCGAGGCCGUAGCAUCCUGCCCCGGAGUGUAUGAACCGGGGCCACAAGCUCAGCAACUAUCCCCCGGCCGGGGGGGCGGGGACCCCGAUGUGAGGCGGCGGCCCGGGCGGCGGGGAGAGCAGGACCGGCGCCGCCGUCUUUACUUACCUUCCCCUCCCCUCACCCCCUCGGGGGUCUCCUCCCUCGGCCAGUCGCCGGCCCCCCGGCUCCUCGGCAGGACUCCGGGAGGAGUUCUUAGAGCCCCCUCCCCCGCCCCAGCCCCGAGGGCGGCGGGGCCGGGGGGGACCCGGGGGGCCGGCUGCAGCCUCCGCCCACAGAAAACUUUGUAAGACCAAAACCCGAAGGCUCCCAAACGUGACUGUCCCGAGAGAAGUGGCCCAGGACGGGCAGAAGACACAGCCUGAAGAGACCCAGGAAGAGGAAAAGAGGAGGUAAGCGGGGCCGCCGCCGCCUCCUCUGCUCCGGCAGCGCGGAAGGGACCCGGGUGGCCGCCUGGUUGAGCUGCACGAGCACGGCGUCUUCCUCAGUACCGCGCCGGAGCCUUCCGCAGCGGCCGCCUCAGUCUGAAGGAGGAAGGGAACCAACCCACUUUCUCUGCGCCACGAUUCUUCUCUAAAGUUCUUGUUUGGGAGAUUUUCAUUUCAUUCAGUACUUGUACGUAGUCUCAACCAUCAAGGGAAUUUUUAAAAGGCUAUCUAAAUAUUUGGUCCCCAGAGAAACAGAUGUCAAGACAAGAUGUGAUGUGCAGGGAUCCCCGUCCAGAGUUGGCUUUUGGAACAUUCCCAUCAUGCUCAAUCUUUUGCUGGCAGAAUCCUAGAGGAAGCAUGGCCAGGUGUGAAUGUUGAAGUGGAUUCCAAGGAUUACUUCCUUAGGAUAGAUUGCCAGAAGUGGAGUUACUGGGUCAGAGGAAUGUGAAAACCUUUGCAUCUUCUGAUAGUCUAGCCAAGGUCCAAGAAGUAGCAAGCUGGCUUUUGGAAAUGAAUCAGGAACUGCUCUCUGUGGGCAGCAAAAGACGACGAACUGGAGGGUCUCUGAGAGGUAACCCUUCCUCAAGCCAGGCAGAUGAGGAGCAGAUGAAUCGUGUGGUAGAGGAGGAACAGCAGCAGCAGCCGUUAAGACAACAAGAGGAGGAGCACACUGCACGGAAUGGUGAAGUCGUCGGAGCAGAACCUAGGCCUGGAGACCAAAAUGAUUCGCAGCAAGGACAAUUGGAAGAAAACAAUAAUCGAUUUAUUUCAGUAGAUGAGGACUCCUUGGGAAACCAAGAAGAACAAGAGGAAGAUGAAGAACAUGCUGGUGAACAAGAUGAGGAGGAUGAAGAGGAAGAGGAAAUGGACCAGGAGAGUGAUGAUUUUGAUCAGUCUGAUGACAGUAGCAGGGAAGAUGAACAUACACAUAGUAACAGUGUCACAAACCCCAGUAGUAUUGCGGACCUGCCUGUUCACCAACUCUCCUCCUCAUUCUAUACAAAGACAACAAAAAUGAAAAGAAAGUUGGACCAUGGUUCUGAGGUCCGCUCUUUUUCUUUGGGAAAGAAACCAUGCAAAGUCUCAGAAUAUACAAGUACCACUGGGCUUGUACCAUGUUCAGCAACACCAACUUUUGGAGACCUGAGAGCAGCCAAUGGCCAAGGUCAACAACGACGCCGAAUUACAUCUGUCCAACCACCUUCAGGCCUCCAGGAGUGGCUGAAAAUGUUUCAGAGCUGGAGUGGACCAGAGAAAUUGCUUGCUUUAGAUGAACUUAUUGAUAGUUGUGAACCAACCCAAGUAAAACAUAUGAUGCAAGUGAUAGAACCCCAGUUUCAACGAGACUUCAUUUCCUUGCUCCCUAAAGAGCUGGCACUUUAUGUGCUUUCAUUCCUGGAACCCAAAGACCUGCUACAAGCAGCUCAGACAUGUCGCUACUGGAGAAUUUUGGCAGAAGACAACCUUCUCUGGAGAGAGAAAUGCAAAGAAGAGGGUAUUGAUGAACCAUUGCACAUCAAGAGAAGAAAAGUAAUAAAACCAGGUUUCAUACACAGUCCAUGGAAAAGUGCAUACAUCAGACAGCACAGAAUUGAUACUAACUGGAGGCGAGGAGAACUCAAAUCUCCGAAGGUGCUAAAAGGACAUGAUGAUCAUGUGAUCACAUGCUUACAGUUUUGUGGUAACCGAAUAGUUAGUGGUUCUGAUGACAACACUUUAAAAGUUUGGUCAGCAGUCACAGGCAAAUGUUUGAGGACAUUAGUGGGACACACAGGUGGAGUAUGGUCAUCACAGAUGAGAGACAAUAUCAUCAUUAGUGGGUCUACGGAUCGGACUCUCAAAGUGUGGAACGCAGAGACGGGAGAAUGUAUACACACUUUAUACGGGCACACUUCCACUGUUCGUUGUAUGCAUCUCCAUGAAAAAAGAGUUGUGAGCGGUUCUCGAGAUGCCACUCUUAGGGUUUGGGAUAUUGAGACAGGCCAAUGUUUACAUGUUUUAAUGGGUCAUGUAGCAGCGGUCCGCUGUGUUCAGUACGAUGGAAGGAGGGUUGUUAGUGGAGCGUAUGAUUUUAUGGUGAAGGUAUGGGAUCCAGAGACUGAGACCUGUCUACACACGUUGCAGGGACAUACUAAUAGAGUCUAUUCACUACAGUUUGACGGCGUCCAUGUGGUGAGUGGCUCUCUUGAUACAUCAAUCCGAGUUUGGGAUGUGGAGACAGGGAAUUGCAUUCACACGUUAACAGGACACCAGUCGUUAACAAGUGGAAUGGAGCUCAAAGACAACAUUCUUGUCUCUGGGAAUGCAGAUUCUACAGUUAAAAUCUGGGAUAUAAAAACAGGACAGUGUUUACAAACAUUGCAAGGUCCUAACAAGCAUCAGAGUGCUGUGACCUGUUUACAGUUCAACAAGAACUUUGUAAUUACCAGCUCAGAUGAUGGAACUGUAAAACUAUGGGACUUGAAAACGGGUGAAUUUAUUCGAAACCUAGUCACAUUGGAGAGUGGGGGGAGCGGGGGAGUUGUGUGGCGGAUCAGAGCCUCAAACACAAAGCUGGUGUGUGCAGUUGGGAGUCGUAAUGGGACUGAAGAAACCAAGCUGCUGGUGCUGGACUUUGAUGUGGACAUGAAGUAAAGAGCAGAAAAGAUGAAUUUGUCCAAAUGUGUAGACGAUAUACUCCCUGUCCUUCCCCCUGCAAAAAAGAAAAAAAAGAAAAAAAGAAAAAAACAGAGGAAGGAAAGGAAAAAAAAGAAAAAGAAAAAAAUUCCCUUGUUCUCAGUGGUGCAGGAAGUUGGCUUGGGGCAACAGAGUGAAAAGAUCUACAGACUGAGGGAAAGAGGAAGACGUGACAAACCAUAACUGACAAGAGAGGCGUCUGCUGUCUCAUCACAUAAAAGGCUUCACUUCUGACUGAGGGCAGCUUUGCAAAAGGAGACUUUCUAAAUCAAACCAGGUGCAAUUAUUUCUUUAUUUUCUUCUCCAGUGGUCACUGGGCAGUGUUCUUGCUGAAGCAUCGUUACAGAUUCUGCUUGCCUGUUCUUUUACCACUGAGACCAUGGAAAGGAUCUGCAAUAACAUCAAAACAAGUACUGGUUGACUUUCUGAUUAGAGAGCAUCUGCAACAAAAAGUCAUUUUUCUGGAGUGGAAAAGCUAAAAAAAAAAAUUACUGUGAAUUGUUUUUGUACAGUUACCAUGAAAAGCUUUUUUUUUUUUUUUUUUUUUUUUUUUUGCCAACCAUUGCCAAUGUCAAUCAAUCACAGUAUUAGCCUCUGUUAAUCUAUUUACUGUCGCUUCCACAUACACUCUUCAAUGCCUAUGUUGCUCAAAGGUGGCGAGUUGUCCUGGGUUCUGUGAGUCCUGAGAUGGAUUUAAUUCUUGAUGCUGGUGCUAGAAGUAGGUCUUCAAAUAUGGGAUUGUUGUCCCGCCCCUGUACUGUACUCCCAGUGGCCAAACUUAUUUAUGCUGCUAAAUGAAAGAAAGAAAAAAGCAAAUUAUUUUUUUUUAUUUUUUUUCUGCUGUGACGUUUUAGUCCCAGACUGAAUUCCAAAUUUGCUCUAGUUUGGUUACGGAAAAAAAGACUUUUUGCCACUGAAACUUGAACCAUCUGUGCCUCUAAGAGGCUGAGAAUGGGAGAGUUUCAGAUAAUAAAGAGUGAAGUUUGCCUGCAAGUAAAGAUUUGAGAGUGUGUGCAAAGCUUAUUUUCUUUUAUCCGGGCAAAAAUUAAAACACAUUCCUUGGAACAGAGCUAUUGCCGCCUGUUCCGUGGAGAAACUUCUUUUUGAGGGCUGUGGUGAAUGGAUGAACAUACAUAAUAAAACUGACAAAAUAUUUUAAAAAUAUAUAAAACACAAAAUUAAAAUAAAGUUGCUGGUCAGUCUUAGUGUUUUACAGUAUUUGGGAAAACAACUGUUACAGUUUCAUUGCUCUGAAUAACUGACAAAGCAGAAACUAUCCAGUUUUUGUAGUAAAGGCGUCACAUGCAAACAAAUGAAAUGAAUGAAAGUCACAUGGUUUGCCUCAUUCUCCAAGAGCCACACAACUCAAGCUGAACUGUGAAAGUGGUUUAACACUGUAUCCUAGGCUAUCUUUUUCUUCCUCCUCCUGUUUAUUUUUUGUUGUUGUUUUAUUUAUAGUCUGAUUUAAAACAAUCAGAUUCAAGUUGGUUAAUUUUAGUUAUGUAACAACCUGACAUGAUGGAGGAAACCAACCUUUAAAGGGAUUGUGUCUAUGGUUUGAUUCACUUAGAAAUUUUAUUUUCUUAUAACUUAAGUGCAAUAAAAUGUGUUUUUUCAUGUUA